AGGCAGGAGGGAACGGCUGGUUGCAGGUUUCUCUCGGCCUGGUCCCGCGCGGCCCCGCCGAGGCGGCGACCAAGGUGGGUGCGGGGCCGGGGCCCGGGCCCGGGCCCAGGACACGCGGGGACUCUCGGGAGCCGUGGGCCAGGCGCUUAGCCGGCCACCUCGGGCCCUGUCCAGGCUCAGGCGCUCCAGGGCUGCUCUGCGGGCCGCGUGCGAGAGGGACUCUCGGGAGGCCCCGGGGCGCCGCACCCACUUCUUCCCACUUGGGCCUCCCGCGGGCGCCCGGCUUCCGCUCCUCUGGCCAGCGUGGGCCUCCCAGGCCCCCUCGCGGCUCUCUCCAGAGCAGGAGCCCCACCUUGGGCCGCCCCUCUCACACCUGCCGUGGGUCUGGUACGCGCCCUUGUGUUGGACUCCGCGCCCGCGCGCGUGGGAGGAAGCCAGGACUCCCGGGCGACCGGGCCAUUCCUGUGGUUUGUGUCAGUUCCACAGCAGCACGUGGGCACUUUCCACCGUCAGCCACUGGGCAGCCCGGGGCACUCCUGCGGCGUCUCUUGGUCCUCUCCAGGGCAGGGGAAGGUUGGGCAGUCCUGGGCGGCCAGCACCCCGGCGUGCAUGUCUCCUGAGCAGCUGCCCAUCGGGCCUCUGCUGGCCUGGCGGGUCCAAGAUGCAAGGCCGGCGGGAGCUGGGGGGAGAGCCUUUGAGUGACCUCCAGGAGGAAGCAGCCAGCGCUUCCCUCCGAGUGGCACCUGAGAGGCUAAGUGAUGACAGUUUGGAAUGGAGACGGACCUGCCCCGACCUUCUCCUGUCCGAUGGGAAAGCCAGCAUCUCCAUGCCCCGUGAGGGCGGUUCCACCUGCACUGCCCGAUGUCCUGACCCUCAGGAACACAGCAGCACUUGGGGCGAGUUUGAAGGCUUUCGGGAAUCUUCAGCCAAGUCUGGACAAUUCUCACAGUCCCUUGAACUCCUCGAGGGACCCACAGAACCCCAGCCACCGAGAACCACUUCUGCCCCAAAAGAGUGCAGUUCUCACCAACCAUGCCAGGGUGGAUCUUGGGUGACAGGAACUUCUGCCGUCCCACCUUCUGAGCCCAUUCUCAGCUAUGAGAACAUUUUAAAGUGUGCUUUUCAAGAAAUAACAGUCCAGCAGGCAGCUGAAGACGUUUCCACCAUAGACCAUUUCCUAGAAAUAAGCAGUGAAGAAAAACCUGGCCUUGGAUGUGUACAUAAACUGUGUAACGAAUCCAGAAAACUCUGGAGAGCCCUUCAGAGCGUACACACCACGUCUGCUUCUCAGUGCCUCUGGAGCGAGUCCCGUUGCCAGGAGAACUUCUUUCUUGUUCUCAGAAUAGAUGCUGCACAGAAGAACCUUUCUGGAGGCCAGGGCCACAUCAUGGAAGAUUGUGACCUCAAAGAGCCUGAAGGACUCCUCACUGUCAGCAGCUUCUGUCUCCAGCAUUGCAAAGCCCUGAUCCAGACCAAGGGCAGACACGCAAAUUGUGAACACCACUGCAGGGUGCCAAGGAAUAUAAAUACCAUCCGGAAAGACUCUUAGGCCAGAGGACCCAGGAUAUGGGUGGGUCACGCAGGAGAAGCCAGGCAGAGAAGAGAGCUGCAGGGAAACUGAGACGCCAGGUCUGGAUGACGAGGCUGGAAGGAUGAGGCAGGACCAGGCUGUGACUGUUGGGCCAGGGGAUGUUGACUCCUCCUAGGCAGCUGUCGUGAACGGAUCUGACUGGCGGCUUCAGUCAUAGGCCGCUUACCCUACACAGGGUCUGCCCACAGCUUUUCUCUCAUGAGCCGUGGUUCUUGCCACAGAGUCACUUCAUCACAUCAUCACAGCCGGGCUCAAGGCGGAAGAGGAGGUGGGCAGAGAAGGGGACUUCUUCCUGCAGCUCUCUCUUUUAUCAGGGGGAAGAAAAGCUUUUCUGGGCUGGAGUCUGGAGCCCACCCUCAGACCAGGUAUUGCAGGAGGGGUGAGAUGGCCAGGCCUAGCUCACCUGGUUUCCUGCUCACCCUGGAGACCCAGGACCCUGGAACAGUCAGGGCUCAUUGUGUACACCCAGGAGAUGGUGGGAGGGGCGCAUGGGCAGCUGUGAGCAUGAAGAGUGACAUGCAGGGAGGCGCAGGGGUAAAGUACUGCCCUGUGGCCUGGUAGGAGGUGACAAGGACCUGAGACUGAGCUGGGACAGCAGGAAGGUUGCAUAGCACAGGAGGCGGCCAGGGUCAGCUUCUGGGCAAAAAUUUGGCAUGAAUGUGGCACUGCCCCCAGCUGACGUGGGGUGGGUUCCCUGGAUGGUCAGCACACAGGUGACGGGCGACAGGUGCCAUGGGGCAACAGGAGAGGGCCCUCAUCGGCCAUCUUCACAGGCUGUCCAUCUUUUUGAAAAGCACCGUAGCACAGGAGGGUUAUCCUAGAGCAGCAGGCUGUAAAGAAAUGUUUAUGGCUGUGUUGUUCACAACAGCCGAUGGGGGAGACGUCCAGCCGCAGCUGUUUGGGGGAAGUCUGUGGUGUAGUCCAAGAGUGGCCACUGGAGGGCUGUGAGUGUGGAGGGUAGUGGCAGCCUCCACCAGGGAGUGCCAGACACGUAGCACAAGGGCCAGAGACCCCGCCUAAGAUGUGGGCCCACUGCUGUCUUCGGGGCUGGCUGCAGGCCAGAGCCACAGACUGCACCAUGAGGAAGCCCCAGCAUGUUUUCCCUGGGCGCCUCUCUGGUGACAUCCCAUGAUGAGAAGGUUUCUAAGAGGAGAACCAAGGAGAGAACACUAGGGGGCCGAGAGGCAGGGGGCGGCCAGGGGCAAACGCCCAAGCUAGCGCUUCUCAUUGCCCGGGGUGCGCGUGCCUGACUGCUGUCCUCUCA